CUCAGGUCGACCCCUGGAAACCCGCGGGCGGGCAGGAAGGCAGUUGCGUCUGAAGUCUGGCAGAUGAAGUCUUGGGAUGAGCGGGAAGGAAGGUGCUUCGGUUCAGCCCCGGAGCACAUCUUCAGCCCCAGGGACCAGCUCCGGUACAUAUAGGGUUAAAUAUAAAGGGUACCUCUGAACAUGUGCAGAGGGCGCUUCCUUCUCGGUUGGGUAAACUUAGUUCUCCCCUGCUUCCAAAUAAAUAGUAAACUCUCGAAACCUCCGAUUGUUAUCAGUUAAUGACUACAUUUCCAAGCAAUGUGGGUUGUUUUGGGUGCCCUCCCCAUCACGUAAUGGGGGUUAUUUGCUGUCAGAUUAGAAUAUAGCUGUGAUUUCAACUACUUUUCGUCACUGCCUCUACCAUUGCCCAUCAGCUCUUGGCCUGUUGCUCAUUCUUGGUUGGCUCUCCACUAGGGAAAUAAAUUGCCAAUUUGGGUGGCAAACCCAGUAGCUUUUAUCCUGUGCUUGGCUGCUGUUUGCCUAAAUGCAGGUUUUGUUUUCCAACUGUAAUUGCUGUUAAACAUUUUAAUGGCAUCUCUUUCUGCUGGCUUCUGUCUAGUUCUAUCCCCUGUUUCAGUGCUUCAGGUCUGAUCCAUCCUUUCCUCAUUCCUCUUCAUCCUUGUCCUGCUGAGAUGUCUUAUGUUCACUGGCCAUCUCUUUGCUGUCCAACUUCCCCUUGCCCCCCCAAUACCUGUUUUUGCCCUGCUGCCUCUUUACCAACAUAUCAGAAUCUUGUUCAGCCAAACUGAAUGGUGUGUACAGCCUGAGAUAUUAAUGUGCAACUUCUGUUUCCCUCACAGAGGCUGGCUGUUUUAGGCGGAAGUACUCUAGUCCGUGCAUGACCAUGUCGCCAUCCAAAGAGGUCCUUAUGGAUUCUACAAUAGCCUUGUCCCAUCCUGGUGUCUGUGAAGAACUAAGCAAGUCAUUUCCCUGGAUAAACAAGAAAAGGAAGAGUGGGCUUUCCAGGCUCUGCAAGAAGAAAACAUCUUUGUCAGGUGAUUACUUGGCAGGUUGAGAUGUAUUAAAUGUAUUUGUUAGUCAAAGACAGAGAGGUAAUUUUCAACUCUUUAAUCAUGCGGACAUGCUUGUGUUUCUCAAAAAGAGCUUUGAGAAAGGAACACUAAGGGAAUGAAAUAGGAACUAAAGAGGAAGUUUAUUGGAAAAUUGGACAUAAAUGGAUCAUAAUUGUCUUUGAAUUGUGAAUGUUUUUGUAGGCAUGCUAUGAUUUUUUGUAAUAUGCUUAGCCUUGCUGACUAGAUGCUUGGCAUUUUGCCAUUAUUGAUCCUUUCCAUCCCACUGAUGGGAAUCUCAUCAUAUAAUGGUUGUUAUCCGGUACAGGUGCCCGGUGCUUUUUGAGACAGUAUUCAGGGAAUGAGUCAUUUGUCUCUUUAGGUUAAUUAAUUAAAACACAAUUGCCUUUCUAGUCUUUUUCUCAUGCUUAGUGCUUCCCUGUAACUUUUAAAAAACAAAUUAUUGCCUGUAACUAUGUUUCUUUUUAACAGUUGAUACGUGGUUGUCUUGAAAUCUUACAUAUAUUUUAAUGACAGAUACUUGUGGAACUUUCCUCCCCUUUCUUCUCAGAAAAUGGAUGGAGUUCCUUUUGCUUAUCUUCGUUAGCUGCCCAGAACAUCUGUGCUAGCAAGUUUCACAACACUUGGACUCAUUUGGAAAACAAUUCCCUUUCUUGUUCGAUAUGCAGUACCUCUUCAUGUUCUCUCUUAAAUGCUCUGACUUUGGAAGAAUCCAUCCAGGCUCUGGCAACUGCUGUGCGCAACCCAAACAAAGCUGUUUUCACUGUGGAUGUCAGAACAACUGAGGUAAUAAUUAGCUUUUGUAAAGUGUUACCUUACACACAAUUGCACACUGUGAAUGUGUAUGUAGAGGACCCCUGGGUAGGAAAGCCUGUUGUAGUUGUACUAUACAUAUAUUGCAGUAAUUCAUUUGCAUCAUGAAUGGUGCAAAUGGUUUUGGAUUGGGUCAGGCAGGGUGUGUCAGGGGGAAAAAAUAAAUCAAACUAAAUAUAUUUGUAAUUUUAUAGUACAGCACUAAUAUAAGAUAAUCAUACUUUUCAGAUGCAGAAAACUCCCCCCCCCUUCCUAAAGACUCAUAUGUACAUGUACUUUUGUUAGUAUACAAAUAUUCUCUUUAGUGGUGUGUAGAAAACUAUGGUAAAAUAACUGUAUAAAAAUCAUUAACAAUGCUUGCAACCUUUGAUAUCAGUCUGAUUCAUGACGAGACCCCAAAUAUGUGAACACAGGAAGCUGUCUUACACAGAGUCAAAGCACAGGUACACCUGGUUCAGUAUUUUCUUCAUUGACUUGUACAAGAGUGCUUAUCUUCACUUUGCACCAACGUAGUGAGGAGUCUUGGCCCAGUGUAAUAAAGUUUGGUGACUAAGCUGCCGCUGCACAACUAAGUGGUUAGCGGAAUGGUAGUAUGAGGAUGCAUGUAGAGAUGUACAUAACUUGAACUGGGGAAUUGCACUGCCUACAGUUUGUACAGGUGUAUAGUUUUUUCUUCAGCACUGACUUUAUGGUGAGGGUUUAAUAUCUAUCUUCCUGUUAAAUCAGAUGUCAGCCAUUCAGAAGGCAGACUGUUUGAUCCCUGUAAUGUCACAAAUUUCUUCCUGGAACAGUUUUUCUUCUUUUAAAAAGCUGAUCAUAGCUUUUUAAAACUUUAAAAAUAUUAAUGAUACUGCACCAGACUAGCAUCCAAAUGAAUGAACAUCUAUGUUGUACUGUACAAAUUAACUAAAAAAAUAAAAUUGGGCAGCUCGGCUGAAGCAUAGGACAGAGGCAAGGCAGACUACUGAAUCCAUGUUGAAUUUGCUAACUAGUUUGUUAAAUGAGUAGCCAAGUUGGGGUGAAAGGAAGCUGGCUGAUAGCUAAAGAAUGGGGUCGGGCUGCUUUUGCUCUUUUUUAAUAUUGGAAAAGAGUGUCUGCUCCAUGUCUUAUCUUGAAAAUGCAAUGGGAUCUAUAUGGAUAAUUUUUCACUUUGCUACUACAUUGUUGUGUAUGGUUGGAGUUGCAAACAACCCCUUUCACUGAGAGCAGCUGCAGCUGGCUAUGUCUGUAAAACUGUAGACUAAAAUGGGGCUGGAUGUGGUUUGGUAAUAACUGUUUUUGGUAUGCCACUUUUAUUGUUAAGGGCCAAUUAAGUAAUUGUUCUUUUAACUAGAGAUUGCUGCCUAUAUCCGAGAACCCAUAAUAUUGUAGUUUGCUAGUUGUCUGACUUGUUGGUAUUUUAGCUUGAAUCACUUAUUGAAGGCAUGUUAGUAAACAAGGCUAUGGUGCACUGUUAAUGGGAUAUUUAUACAAUAAAUUUAUUUGAGCAGUACACAGAUAAAGCUGAAAAGAAAACAGGAUCUCUUUUAGAGGGUAAAUUGUGAAACAGUGAUUAGCAGACAUUUGUCCUGGUCAUAUAUUUGGGGCAUGAUCUGGAGAAAGUUACUGUUGCUCCACUCUGCCUUUUGAGUAAGAAUGUAUAAGAAUGCUUCUGUACAAAGUAACUUGGAUUAUCAAUGUAAAUUGAAGAGCUCAUUCCCCAUUGAAAUAGCAUCAAACUCUGCUUUUAACAGAAGAAGAAAAGCUGAGUUUACUUUUCUUGUUCCUCUGUUUUAGAUUCUAGUUGCAAAUGACAAAGCCUGCAAGCUUCUUGGUUACAGUACUCAGGAGGUGAUUGGCCAGAAAUUAUCUCAGAUGAUUUCAAAAUCCAAUUGGGAUAUUAUGGAAGCACUGAAGGAAGAGCAUGAUGAUGCUGAAUAUGAAGCAGUGGUUCCUGGAACUGUGGUAUGUGAGAACAGACUAUUUAUCAUAGCAGCAAUGUCUAUGCUACCAUUUCUGAAUUUUUACUACUACUCAUAUAGGUAUUAAUAGCCACAGAAGGGCCUGUAGGAAGCCAACAUGUAAAUAUAAGGCUGCUCUUGCUCAUAUUUAAUGAAGAGGUACUUUAAAAUUUGUUCGGUUUUUAAACACCUAAAAGUUGUUACUUCAGAAGUAAUGUACUGUAUGCUUAUUUGCUUACACACUUGCAUAUCCUAUAUAGUAAAGCUAUCAUAUUUGCAAAAUUCCACAAAUAAAAACACAAAAGGUUUGUAUUGAAAGUCAGUCACUGAAAGUUUGUCGCAUGGCUGAUCAAAUUUUAAGCACUACAGACUAGAAAUUUAACACUGUCUUUUAUCAACAGGUAGAUGUUAUUUCCCAUAGCAAUGAAAAGAUCCCAGUUUCUGUAUGGAUGAGAAGAAUGAAAACCCAUUGCAGUCAGUACUGUGUGGUGGUUUUGGAGCCUGUGGAAAGACUUUCUGCCUCUGUUUUCUUCACAAGCAGAGUGAGUAUCCAGUUAGCUUAAAUUGCAGCAAUGUCUUUCAACUAGCUAUCAAGUACAGUUAUGGGGUACUAGGAGUUAUUGAAACAAUGUUGGUUUUCAUCACACACAAAGCAAUUUACCAGCCAAUUUUUGUCAUAUAUAUAUAUAAAAUGCUCAUCAGUUGUUUUGUGCUAGUGAUUUUAUAUGACCCAUUUACUUGGAGCAACAUUUUGCUUAAAAUGGGUUGGUAAGCUAGAUCUGGCUGGUGUGCAGGAUCCUUCCUUUCCCCACCUCCCUAAACUAACCUUUGACAGGUGGAUAGUGUUGCCUGCCUUCUGAUCAUCUUAAGUCAUUAUGGCAUCAGGUACCAACUUCAGAGAGGUCACUUUGAAGUCCAUUUGCAGGUGUGAUUUGGAUUCAAUUCAUGCACACAGAUGGGCAUUUCUUCUGCAGACUGGCGGCGGGGGGGGGAAUGUCUAUUUGCAGUUAUGGUUUGAAAUCAAACCACGCCUGCAAACAGAAAACUUCAAUGAGGCUCUCUACCACCACUAAUCAGGUGAUUGGUGGUUAUUGUGCGUCGCUUUUGGAGAUGCUGAGAGUCCUCUAUACUAGAGGAUUUGUGAUGAAGAACUCCCUAGUGAAGCUGUUCUCAGUGGGGUUUGCAGGCAGGCUGAUCAGCUGAUAGGGACUGCCAGUGAAUCUAGUUGCUCAAGGAACAAUUUGGAAUAGGCUUAAAGCUGAGUUUUCCAUUGCUGUAUAAUGGAAUAUAUAACCUGACAUCAUAUAUGAUGUCAGGUAUGAGGCAGAUGGGCAUGGUUUGGGGAAAAUGCCCUUGUGGGUCAAAUUAGGAACCCUGCCGUGUCUCAUUAGGCCCACGAGGCUGGAGGCUCCCUAAAAACAACAUACAGUGGUACCUCGGGUUAAGUACUUAAUUUGUUCCAGAGGUCUGUUCUUCACCUGAAACUGUUCUUAACCUGAAGCACCACUUUAGCUAAUGGGGCCUCCUGCUGCUGCUGCGCUGCUGGAGCAUGAUUUCUGUUCUCAUCCUGAAGCAAAGUUCUUAACCCGAGGUACUAUUUCUGGGUUAGCGGAGUCUGUAACCUGAAGCGUAUGUAACCUGAAGCAUAUGUAACCCGAGGUACCACUGUACUGGGGACUGGAAUUGUUUAAAUAAAUGAUUUAACCUUGCUACUGUAAUUUGAGAUAGGUAUGGAACUUUUGUUGAUGUGAAGGGAUUGCUUGGCUUUGCGAGGCACUCAAGAAAGUAAAUGAUUGUGUUUUUUUAAAAAAUGUAAUUUAAUAAUUGUUUCUUAUUGGAGGCUUUUUGUAGGUCAGAAAAUCAUCCUAAAAAUGUUGUAAAUAAAAUAAAUGCAUCUAAAUUAUCUAGAUUUCAGGGGAUAAAAUAAACAACCACAAUUCACCAUCCAUCUUAAAGUGGCAUUUCAUUGAGACCAAGUCUGCUGAAUUAGUGGUGCUGAAUUGUUUUACCGUCUUUGCAUAAAUUUUGGCCAUUUUACCUUAAUUACUGUCAAGAACUAAUAUUUUAGAAUGCAGUGUCCUCAUGAGCCUAAUUCUUGUAACUCUCAUUUUAAGGGAGAGAUUACUUCCUGUGACCUCCUUUUUGCUCAUCUCUAUGGUUAUGCCUCAUCGGAAGAAGUGGUUGGUCAGUACAUAACAGACAUGAUUCCAUCUGUUCAAAUUCCUAUACCUGGCAAGAAAAUACCAAAGGUACCGUGAUGUAAAUUAUACUUAGCUGUUCUUUUAAAUGUUAUUUGGGUAAUUUGUUUCUUUUUUCUUCUUAAUUGCAAAUAGAAGGAAAAGGGGAAGGGGAGUCUGUUCUCAUUAACAAUAAGAAUGCAUAAAAAAGAACAAUUCAUAAAACAUAUUCUAAAUGUAUAAAUAUAAGCCAUGUCCAAAUAGUUAUAUGAGAUUGUUGAUGAUAAGAUACACAUGCAAAUAUGGAGAGGGAGCAGUAAAAUCUUCAAAAUGCUGAGUAAUGGUUUUUUUUAGAGUUCCAGCCUUGAAAUAUAGGUCUUUCUGUAAUUGUAAAGGUUCACAAGAUCCACUUUGUUGUCCAUUUGUUAGUCUGUUAGUUAGUUUUCUGCAUGGACUGAUUCUUGUGCAUAACUCUGUGAUAGUAAUUUAAGGCCUUCAGUCAAGAUUCAUCUGACUGAUUUCUUGGCCACUGUCACUGAGCUUUUAAUUGGCUUAGAUUUGCAUUAUGUUACAAGUCUUCUUUUCCUCCCCCCAGAAUAUCAAAAUUCAGAGAUCUGUUGGCCGAGCAAGAGAGGGGACAACAUUUCCUCUCAGCCUGAAACUGGAAGUUAACUUGCCUGUUGAAGACAUCAACCCUGUACCAGAUAAGUCUGCACCAGUACUUGAUGCUGAAAUUUUAGAAGAUGACACCAGCAUCACCUCCCCUGUAGAUUGUUCUUUCCGUGCUUCCAUCUGGGUGUUCACCACCAUCAGCGGACUAAUCACUGUUCAAGCGGAUGGUACAAUUUAUGGAAUCAACAAUACGUUUUCUCUAAUGCUCUUUGGUUAUGAGAAAAAGGAGCUGCUAGGGAAGGUAUUGUUUUGUUGUUGCUUUUGUUUUCCUCUAGAGAAAGAUCACGGUGAAGUCAUGGGAAUGCUACCACUUGGGAAGUAUAUCCACUCCACUGCUGAUUGCUGAGGAUUAGUUGGGUGGGGGGGACGCCAUUCGACAGUGGCAUAAUAUAGAGUGGCGCAUUGUAAUUAAGUUGUCAGAGAUUAGCUAAGAUCUGCCAAAGCAAGGGGGAACUCACUUUCAAAGUUUCAGAAACAAACUACAUUGCACAACAAUGGUUUUUAAAGUGCAUAUUGGACAAAGAUUACUCAUAUGAUAUUUUUAUUCAGUCACAUAUUAUUCUAGUAUGCAGUGAGGGGGAAAGGAGGGAUUUCAUCACAUUUAUUUUGUAUUUCAGAACAUCACAUUCUUGAUUCCUGGUUUUUAUAAGUACAUGGAUAGAGUUGAUGAUUCCUCUUUGCAACUCCCACAAUCUAGAGAAAGUUACGAUGUGGACUCAGAAAAUGUGAGCUCUUCUGGGGGCUUCAACGGAACCGAGGUAGAUGGCUGUGGUAUGGCGGAAGGAAGUGCAGGUAAAUUUACGGAGGUGGGAAAUGCAACAAAAAGCUAUGCUUUUUUAUUUUUAAUAGGUCGUGGAAUGGAUCUGACAUUAUAAUGAAUGGAAUGUCAUAUUCACACUUUUCCUCUUGAUAGAAUUUUUUUUGUUCUCACUUCUUUCGGACAUAUCCAUCUGCAAAAAUAAAAGGAUAACAACUUGAAAUGGUUGUACCACAGAGUUACCUGAAACAUGGUUUAAUUGAUAUGUCUCAUGGAUCUUGAUACUAGAAACUGUUCCUCACUGGAGAAUUGCUACACAGCAAUUCAAGGAAAUAGGGUGUUAACCUUUGUUGUCUGGCUGGCUGAUGCAUGCCCCCUGGAAGGGCUGUCCACAGUAAAUAAGCAGCGUUCUUGUCCCUCCCUUAAACAACUGCUCUUUUAGCCUUAGAAUGGCCUGCUUCAGACUUCAAGAGCAUAAUUUUAGCUAACUGUGAGAGGUACUAUUAUUAUAUAUUAUAUAUAUAUAUAUAUAUAUAUAUAUAUAUGUAUGUAAAUAUCAUAAAACAACAACAUAAGCCAAAUUCCAGAUUGCAAAACAGUCCAACAGCCAAUUCCUCUCAACCAGUAUUGUAGGCUUGAGAAAACAAGUAUGUCUUGAGUUAGCACCUAAAAGUAACUAAUUGUAAGGGGCAGCUGACUCUCUAGGGAAAUAAUUCCACAUUCUGGGUGCCAUUACAGAAGGAUUGCCUGAGGUGUUAAAAUGUCAGUAUGUAAAUGUUACAAGACAUACUUGCUAAAUUUAUAACAUUUUAAGCACUUACAUCUCAUUUAACCUUUCAUAUUCAGCAGAAAAGACAUUGUGGGGAGCCAUUUAGCCAUUAAAAACAUUUACAUGUGGAAUGGCCCAUAGAGUCUUCCAGUGCAUGCCUUGGUGAAAACUUGCAACAUACCACAGUUUUCUUUCUUUGUUCCAGGCACUCGCCCACUCCUUGCUGGAGAUGUGGCUUUGCUGCAAGAGCAACAGGAUUUAGCAAGGAGUGAUGGAGCAGAACUCUGUACCAGGAAGGAAACCCAGCCAAAGAGUGGGAGUAGUUUGUGUUCUGUUCUGUUAUCCUCCUCAGAGGCAGCUGCAGCACUGAAUGGGUAGGUUUUGACAGUCACAAAAGUGCACUAGGAACGCAGCUGGCUCUGAUGUUUUAUCAGGGAGUUGUAAACACUGGUGAAGAUUCUGCUCUCGUUCAACGUAACCUAACCAGCAGCUUGCUUGCUUUCACAGCAGGGGCUAUACACCAUCCAGCGAUGUGCUGGCCAAUGAUGACGUGCUGCCUUCUGGGAGUCGAUGUGAUGGAGGCUGCGCUGAGACUAUAAAACCUGCUAACUGUCAGCGGUUAGAAGUAUGCUCUCCCAAACGGUUUCAUUCAGAACAGUGUGUGUUGAAAGGUAGCACUAAAGUGCGAGGCAGAAACCUUGUCUGGUGCGCAUCUGAGGAAGAAGAUGGGCCAUUGGAUAUACGUGAUUCUGGUUCACAUGAAAUAAUGAAGUGCCAAUCUGCCACUACAAUGAGCAGCGAUGGAGUAGAGUUCCAUACCCAGCUGGACAGAGGGGGUGGCCUGCCUUCUGUUGUAUCAUCUCUUCCAGAGUCAGUCUCACCAGUGAAUGGGUAGGUUUUACUUGCAUGUGGCAAGUGUUUCCAGUUACCAAAGGAUAUUGGGUAUCCAGCUGCCACUGAUGUUCGGAACUGGACAGCUCCAGUGGGAUCUCCUGAUCUUACACCAUGGGAUAGGGAAGGGCAAGGAAUGUAAUGUAAUGGGGAAGAUGCUCCCUCGUUCAUUAUAACCCAACUAGUAACUUGUUUUCUUACACAGCAGGGACUAUGCGUUGGUCCAUAAUGAAGCACUGCCUUCUGAGAGUUCUCAGGAUGGAGGCUGCCCUGAGACAGAGGCUGCAAAACUAAACGACUGCCAGCAGUACAAAAUACAUUCUCCAAAACGAUUUCAUUCUGAACCAUGCAUGUUGGAAGGUAGAACUAAACUGAGAGAGAAGAAUCUUGCCAGGUGCGCAUCUGAUCUAGUUCAUAAAGAAGAAGAUGACCCUUUGGAGAUACACAGUUCUGGUUCACCACAUGAAAUCAUGAAGUGCCAUUAUGCCACUACGUCUUCAGAAAGAGAGAAUUUUUUCAUGGGUGAUCAGACUUCUGUGACAUGCUUCUUAGAAGAGGAUUUAGGGCUUGGGGCAAGUGUGACUUGUGAUGCUGUGCAGGUGUCCUGUGGGACUCCCACACUGGACGAACCCAUGUGUAGCAAGCAAGUGCCAUGUUCCAAACACACUCACGGGAUGAUAGAUGAGUUGCCAACAGUAAAUCUGACAAGUAGUAGAAAGAGCUUGAGAUUUGAAAAUACUGAACUAGAAAAUUCAGCAAAGGAUUCAUCAGCCUUGUUACCUGAUGAAAGGAGCAGCAGCCUUCCCGUUCCAGCAGGAUCAUCAAUACCUUGUGAUGUCUCUGCACUGGAAAUUGUGGGUGGUAAGAAGCCAAGUGAUGAGGUUGAUUCUGUUUGCUGUGGUUUGACGGACCUGACCUUGAGGAUUAGUGGUGAGGUGAAUUCAGACUUCUCUGCUGCCUCUAGACCAAUAAAGCUUCCAUUGUUAAGUGAGGAAGAUCUUGAGCAGCCCAUGGACCAGGAAAUUAAUACUUCUGUAAGUGGUCAGAUAGACCCCCUACUGUGCGACGGUUCUCCAAUAGGCCAUCGGAAGGGCUUACUCUCUAGCAAGCAUUCAGGGUGUGUGAAUCUCGACCUCUCUACAUGCUGUGCUUCAGAGGACAAAAGUGUUGCAGAGAGAAUGGGGGAACAUUUAAAAGGAUGUUCACUGCACAGUGAUGUACAGUCCCAGGAAGAUCUCAUGCCGUUAAUGCAGCAGAGCAUGGCACAGUUAACAUCAACUCCUGUGAAACAAGAAGCUGUACAGUCCUCAGCAAUUACUUUGAACAACGAGAUCCUAGAAGGCAACUAUUCGGGUAACUGCUACCACAGAGAUGGUUCUCGACUCGGUAUGUUCAAAGUAGACAUUUUGGCUUCUUGCAUUAGUAUAUUUAAUUGGGCAUAAGUGUGCAUGGAAAGGUUACAUGAAUCUGGUGUUCAGUGUGAGCGAAGCAGGCAAGGAAUGAUAAAACAAACCUGUUGACUCAAGAAUAAGAGACAAGCUGUGGUUUAAUGCAUUGGUCAUCCACGAUCGGAAUGCAAAAACACAGUAGCAGAGGAAAACAUUAAUUUGAUUUUACUAACAUUUUGAGUUCAAUCUGUACUUGAUUGGCAGUGAAAUUAGGAGAGAUAACUUCUGGUGUGCCAAAAUGUUUAGGCAGAGCUUGUCCACCUCUGCCUUAAUUUUGAUCAAGCAGCUUUAUGGUUAACUUUUUAAACUGCAAAUGGGCUGGUCAGCUGUUGGAGUGCUUGUCAGUCCUAUAAAGUGAACAGCAGGCUGUCUGAAGGCCAACGCCUUGGUGUUCCUACAUGGGUUGCUUUAGAAUGAUCUUAUGUGCUUAUGAUGUUGAUCAGCCUGCUGCUUAAGAAGGACUGAGUAUUCUGUUGGAAAAGAUCCAGUGAUGAAACUCCAUCUUCUACUAUUUAUUUACUUGGUUCUUAAUUAAGCCCUUUUUGCUCAUGUUUAAGAAUUUACACGUUUUAUGUUUUUAAAAGCCUUUCCAGUGAAAAAACAUUUGUGAAUUUCAGAUUCUUGCUAUCAGGGUUAAGAGUUUAAAUUAUAUAUCUCACCAUUUAUUUAGGGUAUUAGAGUGCCUUCUUGAUGGGCUUUCUAUUUUUGCAGCUAUACUCUUUGAAGUGAAACGUGUGGAACUGCAUGACCCUGCUGCCCUCUUCUGCAUUUGGGUUAUGAGAGACCACUUUCAGAGUCGGAAACAAGCAGCAGCAAAAACACAGUUCUUGCUUUCCAGUUUGGCCAGUUCCUCCCCAAACCUAAGUGACGUCUCUGCACUUAGCUUGGCAGAAGUAAGUAUAUAGGAUCUUCUGGCUGUUUUAAGCCCUGCCCCUGACUUUUGGGCAUGAAAUAAAAAUAGUAGGCAAACCUGCUAACUUGACUGGUUGGUAUGUUUGUUUCUUUUUACACAAACAACCAGCUAUAUGAAGAUAGGAUGUGCAACACGCUAUAGGUCACAUUCAACUAAAGAAUUGCACUAGUGGGAGCCAGCACAGCAAGACCCUUCCCCUGUCAGCUUAGUGGGUCAGGAGAACCCGGAGAACCCUCCGAAUACUGUACAGGGGGAGGAGAGAAGAGAUAGCUCAGCCUGGCAAGCAGAAAUGCUUGCAUUGGUGGAACAAUUGCCUUGGUUUGAUGUUGAAUUUCAUCUACCCUUAGUAUCACAAGUCAGUUGCUCCUGGCAGAAACUAACUUGACCUAAUUCAAAAUCCCCAGAUAGUCCACUCCCAAUACUGUGUAAACCUGCCUUCUCCCCACCACUGUCAUGUUGGAAUUUUGCAAACUGCAUUGUAUUUUCAGAAGCAUGCAUGGGUGCCAGGUGUAAUUUCACAAAUUCAGUUUUAUUUAGAAAAAGGAGUAGUCAGCUUCAUUUUGCUUUAGUUUUGUUUGUUUUAAAAAAGAGAGUGCCAAGAUUUAUUGCUGGGUUAAUGAAGGUUAAAAAUGAAAUGAAAUAUGAUGAGAAUACUAGUUUGGAUGCAUCCCAAGAAAUGGGAGGCAAUGCCAAUUCCUAAAUCUGCUGCCCAAAAACAUUUCGGCAGGUAGAUGGAACUUUUGACUGGAAAAUGCAGUGGCUUAGUGACUGCUUCUGGCUAAAAACUUUUAUUAUUUUGUUUGUUUAAUUUAUCUUCCUAUGAAGCAUCUCAAAUAAUUUCACGAUAAAGAUUAAAGACAGAAAAAACAUACACAAUCAAAUAUAAAAAAUGAUUAUAAUAGUUGCACAAGGGAUUUUGAGAGGAUGGUAGGGUUGCCAACCAGCCAGUCAUGUGAUAUCAUAAUUGCUUGUGGCUGACCAUCGGGGAACCCCAUCCACCUGUCAAAUUUGACCCAUGAGACUGAUCCUAAUAAGGAUCUGACCUGUGGAGCAGAAAGCAUUCUUGAUCCCUGCUUUAUAGAUACACCACGACCUACCGGUAUAUUAUAUUAUCCUUAGUUAGGGGAGGAGAAGAAAUGCCCCCUAGCCCAUUCAGAACACUCAGCCACCUUCCAGCUAUUUGCUGGCUAUUCUGGAGCAGUCUUCCUAACAAAAAGGUAUGGGAAGCCUGACUGACAGGUUUGACCAUGAUUCAUUGGAAAUUAGUGAUGAUUGCUGGAAUUGCCAAUUUGCUGAGACUGGUACAAAGGGUACUGGGUAUUUCAUUAUUAUUUUUAGAUUAGACAAAUGUUAGCUAGUUCUCUGAUUUUGUAGCGUCUGUGUUGUCUCCUGCAGUUGAUCAAAGCAACCCCUGUGUUUGAGAAUUCACGAAGAGCUGAAGAACUAGAAAGACUGAGGGCUUGCGAGGGAGACUAUGGAAAGAAAUAUGACACACUUACACUCAUUGGCAGAGGAGCGUUUGGAUUUGUUUGGACAGCCAGGUGCAAAAAGGAUUGCAAGGAGGUGAAAGAGCAAAACUACUUAUCAAAUGUUAACAGAACUAUUCAUUGAUAAUCCUUCUGAUUUUUGGAAUGAAGUGCUUAUUAGUAGUUUCCAAAAUCCUUCACAUAUCUAGAUUUCAGAGUUCAGAUAUGAGCAUACAUAGUACUGUUUUAUUUUCCAAUCAAAGUGAGUUGCUUGACACUGUUUUCUGCCAGUGAUUCCUUCACCCCCAGGGAUUUGAGUAUUGUGCUCAUGCCCUGCUUGUGGCACCAACCUAAAGCAUUUUGUUGGCUACCAUGAGAAGAGAAUGCUAGACUAGAUGGGCUCUUCUUCAGGUCUUGUUCACUGUGUUAAAGAGUUUAUGCUCUAGAUAAAUUGUUAACAUUUGUUAAAGCUUUGUGUGGAUGUGGUUUCUCACAGGUUCAAUAUAAAUAGCAUUUCAGAAGGGUCAGUCGAACUAGCCUUUGCUGCAAUUUUCAGUUGGUGUUUUUUCUCCUUGCUAGUAAUGAAUGUGUGUGAGCACAUCUGUGCAUUAGCUAAAACACCAGAAAGACCACCUUUUGACAUGUACAAACCUCAUAUGCUAAGAACUGUGCCGGGGGGCCUGCUCACAGGCAAGAUGAAUCGUGUCGGUGGGCACAAGAAACAGCUUUCUUGUUGAUGGCCCCAGUGGUUAUGGAAUUCAUUUCCUUUGUUGGCUAGCAAGCCCGAUUUUACACCUUACUGUUGAUAUUUACUAUUGUACUGUGUAUUGUGGGUCUAUGGACCACAAUAAAGCGGUGUGUGGUUAUGGAAUUACUUCCAAAGUGAUAUGCAUGUGACCUUAUCAGUACAGGCUAUAAGUAGACACUUGAAAACACACGUUUUGGGUCACUUUCUCUUAGAAAAUUUAUAUCUGUAUAAACUGAAAAGUAGUCUUAAGUAAUUUUGCAUUGGUAUGUUGCUGGCUACAGUGAACUGGCAAGGCUUUUCAAGAGAUGACAGCUCCACUAUGCCACCCCCCAAUCCAAUAAGAAUUGUUCUGUAAAUGUACACGCUUUUAAGAUUCACUGAUUAGAUGUUAAUAGCAAUUAAAGGUUUUAUUUAUUUAAAGUAGUUUAUUCCCCAACUUUGCCUCAUUUGCUUUGCUUUGUUCCCAGGCUGUAGUGAAGUUCAUUUGGAAAGGGAAGGUAUUGGACUACUGCUGGGUAGACGAUCCUGAGCUGGGGAGAGUUACUCAAGAGAUUACAAUUCUGAGAAAGCUGCAGCACCCUAAUAUUAUUAAGGUACUGUUCAUCCAAUAUGCAAAUGUGUAUCUAAAUUCAUAUACAGUGGUACCUUGGGUUACAAACACCUUGGGUUAUAAACACUUUGGGUUAGACUCCGCUAACUCGGAAGUAGUACCUCGGGUUAAGAACUUUGCCGCAGGAUGAGAACAGAAAUUGUGUGGCAGCGUAGCAGCAGUGGGAAGCCCCAUUAGCUAAAGUGGUAUCUCAGGUUAAGAAUGGUUUCAGAUUAAGAACGGACCUCUGGAAUGAAUUAAGUUCGUAACCAGAGGUACCACUGUAGUGAAUUCCUUGUAUGUUUGGAUGUUAUGGCACAGAUUCAUUUUGUUUGGUGUUAGAAGAUGAAAAUGUAAUUAGAAGACAGCUAUUUGACAAAUGUGGCUUUUAAUAGAUACUAUGUGGGCAGCUGUCCAUACAGUAAGGCCCAUGUGGCUUAAGUAGUUAUCCUGUACAAUGAAUCUAGUUAAUGUUUCCAUAGAAAACCUUGGAAGUUGAAAUCCUCCUAAACUUCCAUUGCUUAUUCCUGAUUUGCAUUAUCUGAUUAGUCUUUGGAUCAGUGGAAUAUACUUUAAUUGUUCUAUAAUGUAAGCUUGACAUAAUCCUGAACUUAAUAGAUCAUUUCCUAUUCAAGGAGGGAUGGGAGCCAGGUGUAAAGUUUGUGAAGUUGAAGCAGUACUCUUUAUUACCAGGUGCUAGAUGUAUUUGAGAACCAGCAGUUCUUCCAGCUGGUGAUGGAGAGACAUGGGUCAGGCCUGGAUCUCUUCACAUUCAUUGAUAACCAACCUAAUUUGGAUGAGCCUUUGGCAAGUUACAUAUUCAGACAGGUAAGAUUUGGUUGAAGUGAAAUCUGUAGAAAGAACAUGAAUGAACUGGAUCUGCAACUUGUUAGUUGAUCGUACAGAAAGCUGUCUAGAAGAACAUAGUUAUGGUGGUUGAGGGAUCUGAACUGAGCUCACGGUAGGAGCAAAACACUAAAUACUUCCUGUGUCACAAUCUCAGUUAGAAUGGGGACCUCUGCAGCUGCUGUUUACUUAAACAACAACAACAACCCCUCAUGCUAUUGAAAAUUUUAUUUCAGAGAGACUUAGAAAUGCAUCACGUUCUCUUUGAUAUAGAUCAUCACAUUAUCGAAAGAUUGUUGUAAGGAUAAAAUGGGGGAAUGAUGUAAGCCACUCUGACCUCCUUGGAGGAAGGAUGGGAUUAAAAAACUGAUAAAUAUUAUGCCCAGUUACUAUAAAAAAGAGAAAAGCAAAUCUAUCAAAUGGUUAUGUAUAUCCUCUUUUAAAUAGUUAAAUGUCCUUGGGGGGGGUGUCAAAAUAAUAUUUCUACAUUUAGUAAAUAUUAUUGGCAAUGAUACCUAUUUUGAUCUCUGGUCUUUUCUGUGUGUUCAUUAGCUGGUGUCUGCAGUGAACUAUUUGCACUGUAAGAACAUCCUUCACAGAGAUAUCAAGGAUGAGAACAUUAUAAUUGCUGAAGAUUUCACUAUCAAGCUCAUAGACUUUGGCUCAGCUGCUUACCUGGAACCUAACAAGUUGUUCUAUACCUUUUGUGGGACAAUUGAGUACUGCUCACCAGAAGUGCUCUCAGGAAAUCCGUAUGUAUGAAUUUGAAAGAAAACCUAUAGAUCUUGCCCAACAGUAGCUUGAUUUGGUUGGGGGUAGGACCUGUAAAACAAACUUAAGAAUAAAGUAGAGAAAGACAGAGUGUUUUUAUCUUCCUUGCUCUUUAUUGCUGCAGUAGGAAUCCCUGACAUAGCUGUCAACUUUCAGAUUUGAAAAUAAGGGAUCAGCAGCCUCACCUGUCCCGGGGACAGUCUACGGGAUAUCUAACAAUCUGGGAUAGCAGUAGGAAGCAGCGGGAAACGGCACUGGAAUAAGGGAAUUUCCCACAAAAAAAGGGAAGGUCGACAGCUGUGAUCCCUGACCAAUCACAGACUCACCCACAACCACCAUUUCUUCAGCCAUAUCUGCUGUGGGUAGGAGGGAGGGAGGGGAAAUAUAUUGGCUGUUGGUAAGGAAUCAUUUUCAGUUUAUUUUGCUGCCUGGAUAUCAUGAUAGUUAAUUGCGUUUUCUUUUAAGUAAAUUCCCCAUUUGCUUGAGUUGUGUGUGUGUGUGUGUGUGUGUGUGUGUGUGUGAGAGAGAGAGAGAGAGAGAGAGAGAGAGAGAGAGAGAACAUUAUUGACUUGAACUAUGCAUUCUUCUAUAGGUACUUGGGACCCGAACUGGAGAUGUGGUCACUUGGUAUAACUCUUUAUACCAUAGUCUUUGGAGAAAAUCCUUUUUGUGAGCUGGAAGAAACUAUGGAUGCUGUACUAAGACCUCCUUUCAAAGUGUCGGAUGGUGUGUAUUUCGCUAAUUAUUAAGAGUUACUGACUGAAAGGAAGGGGAAUAGAAUUUGGGCAAGAACUAUGUUUGGUUUCUGUGCGCAUUUAAUUUGACAUGCCCCCCAAAAGUUACAUGGGGUUUUCAGUUAGUGGGAAUGGGUCUAUGGAUCAAAGGAAAUAUUCCCUUGCUCUGUUUGGAUGCUCUAGAGCGGGUGGGGAAGUAGAUCACUUUCAUGCCUCACUCCAUCUCCAGUCAAGCCUCCAGUAAGCUUGGAUAUACAAGGCUGCAGGUUAGUUUGUGACUUUAGGCAUCAUCAUGGGGCAUUGUCAGAGGUGAUUACUAUUGGCCCAUCGUGUCCAUAUGCUUCAGCCUAUGAUGAUUGGUGUGACAUGAACACCAGCCUAAUUGUUGUUGGGCAUUAAUUUUUUUUUUAAAAAAUAUACCGUAUAUAGUAAGAAUAACCAUUUCCUGGCUGUAGCGGCUAUCCAUGUGCCGUAAAAGUUAAUCCAAACUUUUGUAUUGCUAGUUUCUUGUGUAGAAGAGAAGGUGUUCAUCCUUUCUCCUGCCUCUCAUCCCUUCUCAGUUCCAGAUUCCCAUCCUGAGGCGGGAAAAGCAGCCAUGUGGGGUUUUUUAUGCACAUAUGCAUGUAAUGUGCUAUGUAAUGUUCCACCCUCAGGCAUGCCCAGGAAGUUGGUGGCAUUCAAUAGUUAUUGGGUUGUUCUCAUGUGACUUGUCUAUUAAAUAAUGAAUGUCAGUGCUUAAAAACCACUUUUUUUGGGGGGGUAUUUCAUGGAAUUGCUCAUAAGACCUAGCUUUUGAACUAGAAAGUCACCUGUCUACUUGUAUUGGUCUGUUUUGCACCGUCUAAGGUGUGUAUUUGGCAAGCUUGGCUCCAUUUCAGUCAUUUUCAUAGCCAAGCAAAGGUUAUCCUGCAAGAAGGAAGGAAGGAAGAAGGAAGAAGCUGUGGGAGGAAUAUGUACACUUCUAAAUUAUGGGGAUGGAUGCUAAAGAUUAUGCUCAGUUUAUCAAACUUGCAUUGGCUGUGCUUAAUCUCAGUUCAAUUGACAGGCAAGCUGAAGACCAGCAUAAAAGCUGCUGAUGUUAUUUCAUCUCCUUGUUGUCCUCAGACCUGAUGAAUCUGCUGACUGGGCUCUUGCAGCCUUUUCCAGAGGAUCGUACAACUCUAGAAGUGGUAGUGGAGGAUCCUUGGGUGACACAACCACUGAACCUUGCUAACUACUCAUGGGAGGGAGUAUAUGUCUCUGCCAAGCCAGGUAGGAGACAAGCUUCGAAAAGCUAUCUUCAAAACUUUUAUUGAAUUUCCAAACAAGAAAGGUCUACAAUGAAUUUUGUAAAGGAAUGACUAGACUUGAUAAUUUGAAAAAGAUCUAUAUGACUACUGUGCAGUUCAAAUCAGUGUAUGCCUACUGGCAAGUACACUUUUUGUGUUAAGUUGGUUUACUCCUCCUAGACAACUAUAGUCAAGAUUAGAGUUUUAUAUUGCAGUCCUAUAUAUUUCUACAUAGCUCCUUUGAGUUCAGUGGGACUUACUCCCAGACAUGUAAGGAUUUCAUUGCUCAUGAAGUAUUGCUACCAGGCCUGCCUAUGUCCCUAUUUGCUUGUGUAUGUGAGCUCACAUACACUUGUACAUAUGGAGGUACAGUACUGGUGAUCUUUAAUUUGGAGAUUGUUGCAUGCCACAGUGGCUAUUGCACUUGGAGGAAUUAGUGGAAAUGACUGUCCCACUUUGGGUUUUAACAAAAGAAUAUGGCAAAAAGAUGGUUAGGGAGGAUAGCUUGCAUAAACCAAUGUCUGCUUCCACCUGUUGUGUUUGCAAGUCCCAUACUUAUUGUACAGUCACUUGUAAAGCUUAGUAGUCAAGUAGUUCUAGGGCAUGUACAGAGUGCCAGCCGACCUGAGCAAUUCAGUAAUAGUAUGUAAUGGCUGUUGAAUAAUAUUUGUGGCUUGGGGUUUAUUAAUAGUCAAUACAUUUCUAUCUUUUAUUUUAUUUUAUUUUUUUACUCCUCAGAAAACAACCAUUUCAAAAUGAAUUCCUCUGGCUGCAGCCAUGGUAGCAUCUGGGCAGUCCCAAGUCUGGAGAGUGAGCAGAGCCUUAGUGAUGACACCAGUAAUUAUGAGCUGAUGGAUCCCCAGCUGACAGGAGCCACUGCUGCCUCAGGGCAAGAGCCAUCGACCUCCGCAGCUCAAGGGCCAUCUACCUCUGUACUUGCUUGAAGAAGAUUUCCUCACUCACCAGCAAGUCCUUACAAAAAUGCCCCAAGGACGUGGAAUUCUGACAAACAUACUGCCUACGUGAGAUGGAAUACCAGAGUCAGAGCAGUAGCUCACUUUGUUCACUGUGAAUUCCUCUGUCACACCCACAGGCUUCUUAGAGAUGUAUAUGUGGGUACCGGCUUCUGACAAUGCCUAUUCACAAAAAGAUCUAGUGCUUGAGGACUCAAAUGGCAUGACAAAUAUGCUACAUAGUAUCUAGGAAGCAACCAUGUGAUUCAAACCUAUACACUGGAUUUUGUGGGAGCAGACAUUAUAUAAGCAACACCUAUAUUUGAACAUCUGGCAGCCCUGGAGAAGAGACAGCAGGUGCUCAUGGUGGAGGGAAAUAGGCAACCACAAUCCCACUUGCCCACCCUACAUAGUGGGUAUAUUCAUGUGAGCUGGCCCAUUUGCCAUUAAUAUUGUUUGUUGUAAUUACUCAUCACAACAGAACCUUUACUACAAAAGCUGCAUUGAGUGAUGAACUGAUAGGAACGGAUAGGACUGUUAUUUGAUUUUAGACACUUAGAUGUAGAUGUCCUAUACUCCAGGCAUGUUUGAAGUGUUUGAAAGGGAGGCUACAAGUGGUGUCAUUCUGUUUGAGAUGACUGAUACUAUGAAUUUUAGCCGUGUAUUGGCCAAACUGACAACUGACUGAAGCUUACCUAGGGAAGGGUUUCUGAAGAGCUGUUUUCCUCCUGAUCACCUUACAAUUUGGAGGAGAUCUACGAUUCAUAGCCAAAAAACUUAUCAAUUGGAGCGUACAACACUCCAUGUCCUGGCUUCUUGGAUGGCCCUGUUUCUGAGGUUCACAUAUAAAUGGUGACAUUUUGUAUCUGGUAGACAUCAAUGGUAGGUCAAAUUUCUUGCUCACCAGAGAAAAGAAAGUUUUUCUACACCUUUAUUCAGUUAUUGGAUUUGAAACUGAAAUCCUUUCCUUUGUCCAGAAAAAGCUCUAGUCAGAUAUUUCUGGCUGGUUGACAUAGAAAGACACCGAUUCUUCUCAAAGAAUCAGGCAUUAGGUAGUUCAUAUUCAGUAGACUUUUAUUUAAAAAAAUGGAUUCUGCAGGUAAUUGGCAAAAUUAUAAUUUUCAUGGAAGCAUUAGCUAUUUUUAUAUAUUCUAAGAACAAAAUGUCAAUCUACAUUUUAUAGAUCUGUUUUGAAAUCUUUUGGGGACUGUUCAUAUUUUUCAAGUGAACUGUGUUCUAGAUUACUUUUCUGUACCAGCUCCAUUUCUGGAUGACCUGACAGGUGAGCACUCUGAAAAGAGUUGGUAAAGUUGUAUUUGGCUCUGAUGCACCUAGAAGGUAGGCACUUCAAUAAUAUAACUAUCUUCAAAUUAUUAUGCACAGAAUAGGCCCUACUACUUCUACCUUUAUUGGACUGUAAUUUAGAGGUAACUAAAUGCUAGGCCAAUGCUAGCCUUCAUUCCCUUUAUCUUGAAGGAAGCUAUCAGUUCAUACAGAAGAGAAGAAAAUACCUAGUCAUAUUAGUGCUCAUUGUGUGCCUGUUUAACACAAACAGGCAUGAUGCUGGGUAGGUACCUCUAAGACAAUAGUCUAAUAUAGUCCGCCCCUAUACAUAAGCAUCUUGGUACUAGUUAUUGGAGUGUUUACUGUGCAAACUGCUUAUGAAUUGCCCUACAUUACAGCAUGGUUAAAGAGAGGAGGAAUUGAAGCAAAACAAUUCUAACCUGCUGUGAUACCUUUAAGCUAAAUGGUCUAGCAAGUCAUGUGUCAUGACUUUUAACUUAGGCUGUAUUUUAAAACGUAACUUUUUGGAAUGUAUUUUGUUGAUUGCUAUGAUUUUCCAUCUUAACUGUGCUGAAUCGCUUUGUAUGCAUUUACUAAAGGCUCUUGUUAUCAACAGCA